CUGAGUGUCCAUGUCCUUCUUCCACUCCGAUCUCUCAUCUGAUCUGAUCUGAUCGUGUCUGAGUGUGUAGGAGGCGAAAUCAUACAUUCAGACGAGGUCCGAUCAUCCAAUGAGCUGUGCAGAGCCGCACGCGCCGUCUGAUCACGGGCUAUUAACCGAGCUGCUGGGUGCUAGCGCGAGAGACACGCGCACACACACACACACACACACACUCUCCUCUCUCUCUCUCUCUCUCUCUCACACGCACACUCUCUCUCACACACGCGCACAAAUGCGCGCACACACACGAACAGACACGGGUGCGCGCCGCACUGAUAGGAGAACCGAUCUUCAUGAGAGUCUCCUGCAGAAGACUGAAUACUAAACACACACACACACACACACACACACACAUACACACACACAGGCAGCUGAUCCUUCGCUUAUAAUGCGCUUCUUCUCCUUUUCCUUCUUGUUUUUCACCCGGAGUGGGAAUAAAUCUGAUCCGUGAAGAACGGAGAUGUUGAGUGAAGGUAAUGAUGGAGAUGUGAAAAUUCCACCAUUCAUCCGCGCUGAGAUGAUCCGAGCCUCAAGCUCAUGGCCUGUUGAACACCAUUAACCCCUGGUCAACAGUUUAAUUUUAUCCUCCCAAACCCUCCCCUCCCCUCACCUCCUUAAACCUCGAGUGUGAACCAGAAGGGCACGAGAGCACAUCCUUGUGGAACGGUUGACAAUGGAAAGCCUGAGUGAGCUGCAGAACCCUCUGCUGGACAAGAACAGCAAACACAUGGUCAAAGCCGACUACGGCUAGAGCGACUUCCCCAGCAGCCAGUACCAGGAGAACAUCAUUAAUUACUUUGUGACCAGCAGCGGAGGCAGAGGCGGAGGAGGAGGUGGACGAGGAAUGGAAGUCGGAGUCGGUGGAGGAGGGCAGGUCGGGGUCUCGGCGGCGAACGGUAAGGCUAAAGCGCAGCUCCUAGACGCCACUUCUCUUCACCUGGCAGUUGAGGCUUUUUACAAGCCCAACUUCAUCCUGUACAAGGACGAGAUCGGCAUCAAGGCCAAGGACUACAAAAGCGAGUGCUGCGAGACCACCUUCACUGAAAAGAAAGAGAAGGAGGCGUGCGUCGAGACCCCCGGCGCUGAAGAUCCACAGGCUAAACUCCUGGAUGAAAAUGAGGUAAAGAUCCAGACGGUGUCCUAUGAAGUCGAGGAGGAGGAAUACGUCGAGUACGAGACGGACUGCUCCAGUGACAGCGAGAGUGAAGAUAACUUCAUCGUCAUUCCUCCUCGUGAUCACCUGGGCCUGGCCAUCUUCUCAAUGCUCUGCUGCUUCUGGCCUCUGGGCAUUGCAGCCUUCUACUUCUCUCAGGGGACCAGCAAAGCCGUGACGAAGGGUGAUUUUCCGAUGGCCAGCAUCGCGUCGAGGAGAGCUCUGUUUCUGGCUGCUCUCUCCAUCACCAUCGGCACCGGGGUGUACGUGGGGGUGGUGGUGGCUCUCAUCGCCUACCUUUCCAAACCGGGUCAUAUAUAACGUCCCCCCGACUCAUAACGGACCCGGGAACUGCAGUAGCACCUCUGAGAUCUUCAGCAGACCUUCUCAUUCCCACAAACACAUCCCCUGUUCAUUUGCUCCCAGAGAGAAAGAGAGAGAGCAUGAGAGAGAGAGAGAGAGAGAGAGAAAGAGAGAGAGAGAGAAAGAAGGAUUUCAAAACAUUUGGACAUUCGAGAAAAUUCUUUAUAAAAGGAUGGCAGGAGAAACGUGGGAUUUGUGUUUUACCAGAGAAAAUAAACCAGAUGGAUUCAGAUGAAGGAAGUCCUGAUGGAUGAGAGCACAAAGGAACAUGAGAACUAACUGAACUUUCAACAUCCUGAGAUCGAAAUCUAUUUUUUGCCGUUGGGUUAAAUGUAUCCAGGGUUCGAGAUAUUCCUGCGUGAUACCUCAAACUCUUUCCUGUUGUGUGUGUGUUUAAGACGCCAUCUGAACUUUUUGAAGUUCCAGAAAAACUAAUUCUCUUAUUUCAUGUUUACUGAACAGCUAAAAGCAUAAAUACUGAAUAUUAACACCUGAAAGACAAAACAAGUCAGGACUCAAGACUUGAAUCAGCUUGGUUUGACUCCACUUAACUGACUUGGUUUGGUCCAGCUUCACUCCACUCAGCUUUGAUUAGUUCAACUCAGUUUGGUUUGACGAGGCCAGGCUCAGUUUGACUCGACUCGAAUUGACUUGACUCAGUUUGGUUGAACUCACCGUGACUUGACUCCACUUGACUUUUCUCGGUUAAACCUGUUUCAGGCUGACUUGGUUUGAUUCACUCCACUCAGCUCGACUCUCAAUUUACCUCAGCUUGGCUUGGUUUGACUCGGGUUGAUUCAUAUCAGUUUGAGUCAAUUCUACUUGCCUUCACUCAUUUUGACUCGACUCAACUUGGCCCGACCCGGCUCGGUUAAACUUGGCCAGGCUCGGUUCAACCCAUUUUAACCCGAGAUGGUUUGAUUCGGCUCAACUUGGGCCGGUUCACUUAAGCUUGGGUCAAUUCAUCUCAACUCGACUCGACUCACCUUGACUCGACUCAGCCUGGCUUGCUUCAGGGUUUAAAUCCUGGUGUCUGAGAGAAACACACCUGCAUCUGCUGCUGCUCCCUGCUUUCCUCCUUCUUCAAUCGUUCUUGGCUCAUGCUUCAUGUUUUGUGUUUUUCGGUUUCUUGUUCCACCCGAAGCUCUGAAGCUUCGCGACACGGUAAUGACUGGGGUUCUGAAAAGAAAACAUCCCCAGUAAUGAAAAGAAAAGUUUUGACUGAUGUUACAAUUGCUUCCUGUUGUGUCUGUGAGAUUUGGAGAAAGAAUAAUGAGAAACACACAGACGUCCAAAAUUCAUAUUUAUUUUUUUUUUUUUGAAACUCGAGUGAUUUUCAAUUCCAGACCUGACAACACAUUUCACAUACACUGCGCAAGAGCAUCUGCUCACUGUUUCACUAUUCCAGUGAAAAUUCCUGUGAAAAACACACACAUACACACACUCACACUAUUUGGUAAAAAGUAUUGGGACACCUGUUUUUUUUUUUUUCUUCUGUUUAACCAUUUGGUCUUUCAUCAAACAGUUCACAGAAAUACUCUGCUCUUAUAGACGUCACAUAAUUAUGUAAAACAUAUGUGUUAGAUGUUUGUUCCUCAUAGGCAUAUCCAAGUUUUUUUUCUGAAUUUUUUAAACAAAAAAUUAAGCAAUUUAAGACCAUUUCUCAUUUGGCAAUAACAGUAGAGGGCGCUGUAGACGUGACUGAAAAUCGCAAAAAAAAAAAGGCAGGUCUGUAGCGAGGUUGAGGUUCUCGGGGGUGCGACGGAGAACCGUUGCUACAUAAUCGACUCACCUCCUGGUCUGAACGUGAGCUCGUGCUCAUAUUGCAUUUGGUGCAGGAAAAGAAAAGACGAGGUUUUGUUUGUCAAAGCAUCUGCUCAGUCUUGUGCACCGUGUCUCCAGGCGAGGCGCCGAUGGAGUGUGAACAUUAGCAUAAUGCUGGAGGCAGUGUUGGGGGUUACAAAAGGUGGGCUUUUUUGGAAUUACAUUACUGACAAAUGAAAUGGUGCUUUGGUGGUUGUUUAAAUGGUUCCUGGGAACGUGUCUGAACUACUAUAUACACUAUAUGGGCAAAAGGUAUUGGGACACCAAACUUUUCCAGCAAUAUGAGGUUCUAAACUCUUAGCACAAAUUUGCACACGAUUGUAUCGGACGUCUUUGGAUGCGUCAAAUUUUCCCUUCACUUCAACUAUGAGACCCAAAACCUGUUCCAGUAUGACCAUGAACAUCUUGAGUGGCCUGCUACAGAGCUUUAACCAUAUUGG